CACCGCCAACAAUCCCGCACCAGCACUUGCCUUUGCUUGCAGGCUAUGAGGGGCCCACUAACUAGCCAGGAACAGGAUGGCUGGAGGGAACUGAUUAAUAAGGAGGUUUUCUGCAGGAUCAGCUGGAAGGCAAAAUAUGGACAAAAAUACCCCCAGCGCCUGCCCAAUCAUGGCAUCUCCAGGCAAAAGUGUUUGCUGCCCGACAUCUACCUUCCCAAGGAGGACUCGAUCUCUAGAAAUCGAGAAGGCAUUCCCCAGAAGGAAGACCGCCAGGUGCCAGCAGAAGAGAAGGUUGGGCUGAAUCUUCAGGAGCCUCUUCCAGAGAUGAGGGUCCCAACCCCAGAGACCACACAGCUGCUGUACAAGGGCUUCUCCCAUGAAGGCAAAGGAAGACAGAAGUACCUCAAAGAGAGAAUGAUGAAGUCUCCUGAAGAAAAAUUUUGGUACCCGGUGCUGUCUUCGUGGGAGUAUGGUUGGCGCUUAGGAGACACUAUUAAGGACAUCAGGAAGCCAGUUCAUGGAAAAUCUUGCAUUGUAAAGGAUACUUUUUACUUCAAAAAUGGGACCUUCUACACUCUAUCCAAAACUGACAAAUUAGCAUGAAUACUGGCUGAAAAAAAGAAAAAACAUUCCACUAUGUUGCUAUAUGAGUGCUUAUUGUGAUACUAAAUCAGAAGCCCUACAUGACCUGGAUCCAGAUUGAAUUGUACUCAGAGCCAAGCUAUUUAAUCCAGCAAAGUCUAAAUGAAUCAUGAUUAACAUUUCACUGAUUUCAAUUUCUGUCUUAAGUUUGAUCAUAUGCAGAUCCAACUCUGGACCAUUGCCUCUGUUCACAAUUUCUAUUAGACUCUCUGUUAUCUGCAACGUUGUCUAUACAACAGAUUCAUUGACAUACACGGACACAUGUACUGCAUACACACAGAUAUUUUAUGCAAAAUAUAAACAGAGACUCCGGGGGAGGGGGAUUCCCCACCAUUCAAGCCAUAGAAGUAAAAGAGCUGAAUACUUUAUACUUUAUAAAAUAUACUUUAUACUUUCAUAAACCAGAGGUAGCCUAUUCAGUUUUAGAACUCAUAGUUCUAUAGGAAAACAGAGGUUUUUUUUUUUAAAAAGAAACAUCUAUUGCUUCUUAUGCCGAAUGUAUGAAGGAACAAAGAAAUGAAUAAACAAAAAAUAGGCACAGCAGCGCCCCCAUAAUAAGUUUUUAAGCUGCAGUUUCUAUUGUCUUUAUGAAACUAAGGAAACAUUGUCAGUGUCAGGAUAAUGUCGGGAUUAUGUUCUGCAAGUUGACUAGGCAAUCAUUUACAAAGGAAAGGAAAGAGCUUCAAUCAUCCAGGCUCCAGUCCCCAUCAGAGCCAAAAGAGGGCUGGGGUGGGAGGGUGAAGAAGCCAGGAAAGAAACUGAAGGAUUCAAAUUGGCAGAACCAGUAGAAGCCACGAGGCUGUUUACAUCAUUGUUUGUUUAUGAAUUUGAAUAGCCGGUCUCAUAUCAUAGGAAUAAUUAAGAGUUAUUAGGUUGGAUAUGGUCUUUGAUUUCCACUAAUUUUACUGUAAAAAGGUAGAAUACCACUACGUUGUGAGAUGGAAAUUAAAAGAUUGUAGAUGAGCAGGGAACUAUUUUCUGUAUUUAAAACAUGUUUCUUCUUUUAGCAUCCAGGCAAAUAUAAUAUUCUGCCUUUUUAAUAUUUCCUAGAACAUUUCAUUCUUCUGGGAGGGCAGUGGCUUCCCACAAUGGAACAGAACAAACUAUUAUAAUGCGCAAUUAUACCAAAUAAAUGUAAUGAACAAACCAUCA